UCAAAUUGUAGGGUAGUAUUUUUGCACCUGAAAAUAAUUAACUCAGAGAGUAUGCUGGACAAUGGACUACCUCGUAUGCAGUGUCGAUGUAUUGGAGAAUGCCCGGACCACAAAUACAACUCCACAUGCGACCUGAAACCCAACGCAAAGUGCUUCAAAAAGUUGUACAUUAAUGAAUAUGGUGAAGAGGAGUUACGAGCUGGGUGUUUAGGUUCACAAGAUGAUUACUUGAACCAAUGUCAUAAUAAAGCAAAAACAGAAUUCGAAGAUCCAACUGCAGUGGCUUGCUGCAACAAUGGUACAAUGUGCAACGAUUAUUUAGACCUCGGGUUGCCUGAAUAUUAUGAUGAACCAUCUGACACACCAGAAGCAAAUUCGGAUGUUAUCACCGUUAUAGCUGUUACAGUGCCAGUCUUCUGCUUUUUGUUUGGUUUAAUAAUAAUGUUUUAUUACAUAAGAUUAUGCCGUAGAGAAUCGCUACGACGACGUCAAAUUGAGAAUGAAAACAAAAAAGCUCUUUGUCCUGUUUUAUAUGGAGAUCGGGGAGACUUGGAAGGACAUAAUGAGAUGAUGGAAAAUUGGUCCUCACUUGCUGGUACAUCUUCAGGAUCAGGGAUGCCUCUACUUGUACAGAGAACGAUAUCACGACAGAUCGAAAUUCUUCACGAAAUUGGAAAAGGCAGAUAUGGGACAGUGAUGCUGGGGAAAUGGAGAGAAGAGAAAGUUGCUCUUAAAAUAUUUAAUUCCAGUGAUGAAGAAAGCUGGUUUCGAGAAACUGAAAUUUACCAAACUGUGUUGCUACGUCAUGACAAUAUAUUAGGUUUCAUAGCAGCCGAUAUAUCUGGUGCUGGCUCAUGGACUCAGCUGUUCCUAAUUACAGAGUACCACAAGCAUGGCUCCUUAUACUACUACCUACAAAACAGAGCCAUCAACAUAGCAGAAGCUCUUAAACUUGCUUAUACAGCUUGUUGUGGGUUAGCACAUCUACAUACAGAGAUAGCUGGCACACAAGGCAAGCCAGCCAUUGCACACAGGGAUGUAAAAUCGCAGAAUAUUCUCGUAAAACUUGAUGGACAAUGUUGUAUUGCAGAUAUGGGACUGGCUGUCUGUUUCUCCAGAUUACAUGAAACGAUUGAUGUUGGAAAGCAUGACCGCUCAAGAAGACAAGGUACCAAGCGUUACAUGUCACCUGAGGUGCUUGCCCAGUCUUUUCACCCAGACUCCUUUGAAGCAUACAAAGCAUCAGAUGUGUACAGCUUUGCUUUGGUGUUAUGGGAAAUAAUCAACAGGACUGAAGUCAACGGAUUUGCAAAUGACUACCAUCUUCCCUACCAUGAUGUGGUGGGUAAUGACCCUGAUUUUGAUGAGAUGAGAAAAAUAGUUGUUCUUGAAAAUCUCAGACCAGAGAUUUACAAACAGUGGCAAGCACAUAAGAUAAUGUCAACAUACACUACAACCCUGCAAGAAUGUUGGUCCCCUCGACCCGAGUCUCGUCUCUCAAUGCUCCGUCUCCGCAAGACUCUCUACUUUCUCCUCAAUGGUGGACGAGGCCCAGUGGAGGCGGGAAGCUCUGAAAGUGACCGAAAACCGUCUGCCUCUUCCAGCUCUUCUGUUAAAGAAGAGGAGCAUUCAAGUUGCUGAGAAAUCGUGAAAAUAUUUUCAAUUUCUCGUUCUUUUGGGUACUACAAUUUCAGUUCUUUGUUUUCAAAUAUAGCUGCGUUUUGAUUUUCUUAACAGACACCUCAGUUAACCAAUGCGAGAACACCACAUGUAGAUCUGCCUAAACUCGUGUAUACCUUUUCAGUUCUUUGUUGACACAUUUCUGUACCAGAAUGCAAUCCUUAGUUGGUGCUAAAGGUAAAAACAUUUCUCAAGUGCUAAAAUAGUUACCAUUCCACAUUAGAAUACAUCUUGUUUUUUUUUCUACUUCGAGUGUGUCGUAUUUUGUUUGUAAAGAUGUAUUUUGUACAGUCGUUUUUAAAAUACAUUUUAAAAAAGAAAACAAAUUAGAAAAGGUAAUGUUUAGUCGUAACGAAUGCAAUUGUGCCAGUUUUGUGAUAAUAAAGUAAUAAAUAUUAUCGA